AUGAAGGAAGAAAUAAUUAAUUCUUUAAAGACAUUGAUGAAAAAUGAAUUGAAAAAUCAUCUUAAUAAUUACAUUAAUAAGAAAGAAAUUUCUUAUCAUAUUUCAAAUCUUAUUAAAAGCCAUAUAAAAAGUUUAACUUCAAACAAUUAUAAAAUUAUCGUUGAAAUUCUAUUAAAUGAAAAUAACGAACAAGGAAUAAACAUUUCUACUAGAUUAUUUUACAACAAACAAUCUGAUUUUUUUUUUAAAGAAAGAAUCAUUAAUGACACUUGUCAUUGUUUUAUAGUGGUUUAUUUAAUUCAUGUAUAA